GCUCCUGCAUUCCUUCUGUGACAGACGGACGUCAUCGCCUCUGUGGAAGCCGUAGGGCGCCCGCACGGCAGUAUGCAUGUUGAGGAGAGAUCUCCACCUAAACAGCAGCAGCCUGCGCCCAGGGCCGGCGAGGAAAAGAUCUGUGUGAGUGUCCGUUGCCGCCCGCUGAGCACUCAAGAAAUCAGUAAUCGUGAUGUCUCCACGUGGAAAGUCACAGAUGGGCGAACACUCGCCUUUACAGGUCACCUACCGGAGCGAUCGCCUUAUCCUGGCAAAUAUAACUUUGACCAUGUUUUUGGGCCUGAGUGUCCUUCCCAGAAGGUGUACAAUGAUGCAGCAAGAGACGUCGUUUUGUCAUCUCUCAGCGGCAUAAAUGCCACCAUCUUCGCUUAUGGGCAAACGAGCAGCGGGAAGACCUAUACGAUGAAGGCUAUUAUGGAUUCGGCGGCUUUGGAUAUAUUUAAUCACAUUGAGAAACAUUCUCUGGGAGGGAAUGCACGGACUGCGAUCAUAUGUACAAUGAGUCCAGCUCUGUCGCAUGUCGACCAGACGAGGAACACUCUCUCCUUUGCAUCCCGGGCCAAGGAAGUCACGAAUAGUGCCCAUGUGAAUGUGAUGGUGAGCGAUAAGGUCGUUAUCAAACAGCUUCAGCGGGAAAUAGCAAAGCUGCAGAACGAACUGAAAUCACUUCCAGAGGAGACCAAGGCGAAGGAGCUCCAACUUCAGGAGAUGGAGAUGGAGAUGCGUGAGCUGGCAGCGCAGAGAGAUGCUGCACACGCACAGGUCAUGGAGCUGACGAAGAUCAUUCUGCGAUGUGAUUCCAAAAACCUGAUGGCCCAGAGGGAGUACAACAUCAGAGUCUCAGCUCUGGAGAUUUACAACGAAGUAGUGCGAGAUUUGCUAAAUGCAGAGAGCGGCGCUCUGAAGCUGCUGGAUGAUCCUGAUAGAGGUACGGUCGUGGGCAAGCUUACGGAAGAAGUGGUGACCUCAAGUGCCCAUCUGCGCAUGAUUCUCGCGGAGUGUGCCUCACAGAGGCAGGUGGGAGAGACUCAUCUGAAUGAUGCGAGCUCGAGGUCUCAUCAGAUCAUACGUUUGAUGGUGGAGAGUUCUCCCAAGGGCCGCCCCGGGCAGGCCAAGCUGUCAGAUGACGUAGAUCUUCAUGGCCAAGUUUGGAUGUCAAGCCUGAAUUUUGUGGACUUGGCAGGAAGUGAGCGUGCAUCUCAGACAAUGGCUGAAGGUACACGAUUGAAGGAGGGAUGCCAUAUCAACCGGAGCCUUCUCACGCUCGGAACGGUCAUUCGGAAACUCAGGUCUGCUUCCAGAAAACAGCGAAAGGGUGGUGUGGUGGUGUCAACUGCUGGUCACCUUGUUGGCCAGGAUGAAAAUCGACCACCUCGGGCAGGGCCGAGUCCGCAGGCAACGCCGACUACAGAACCUUUUGGUUCGGAGGCACGGGAGAGCAGACGGAGAGGCCGGAGAACAGAAAGCCGAAACUCACUCGCACUUGUUCAAGAAAUCAAGAAGCUCGAACACAUGGAGGAUGAGCUUGGGGAGGAUGCCAGCCGCGCAAUGGAGGCCCUGCAAAAGGAGAUCGAAUGCUUAAGGCUGGCACAGGUCAGCUCUGGUCAGGAUGUUGCAGCAAUUGCAAAACUGCAGGUGGAGAUCCAGAGCAUCCAAGGGUUACGCUCAGGGAAAGGUGGAAUACUGAUGGAAGGCGAGGGCGCACGACGGAGCUUGAAGGACACAACGACACCCCUAUGGUGCUGCCCAGGAAGGGAGAGCAAGGACCAGAAAACUCAUGAUGCUGUGGCCAGUUUGGAAGAAAAGCUUGAUUGUGUCCAACACUCCCUUGAGAAGAUGUGUCCGCCUUGUCAGCCCCAGGAAGAAAACAAAAUGCGAUCAUCAGUUCGAAAGACCCGUUCCUCGGGUGCCAGGUCGUCCGCUACAUUACUGCGGCAGUCUUCAGGAAUAGAAUCAGGGCAGCAUGGUGGCACGAUGCACGUGAGACGUCCUUCCACUCCUACACGGUCAUUCUCCCAGCAAAUGGCUGGGAAGACGAGGAACAGUGGUGGUUUGCUGUGUGAAAAGGAUGAAAACGUGCCUCUUGAAGAGCAGCUUCCACCUUCCGGGCAGUCCUUGCAGUCCAGUGAUGGGGUGCAUGCUGUCUCUGCAGCGAAGGACCCAACAAAGCGUGCCUCUGUCGAUAUCAGGCGUAUGCAGACCUUGUUCAAGACUGCCGCUGAGGAGAAUAUCAAGAGCAUACGGAACUAUGUGACGGAUCUCAAAGAACGAGUGGCCAAGCUUCAUUACCAGAAACAACUCCUUGUCUGUAAGGUUUUGGAGCUGGAGGCGGACGCAAGGAGAAGCGCAUCCAUUUCAUUUGAGGAUGACGAAGAGGGCGAGUCGCCCAUGCCUUCCUGGCCAGCACGGUACGAACAGCAGCGGCAGGAGAUCAUCGAGCUCUGGGACACCUGCCAUGUGUCGCUUCUUCAUCGGACUCACUUUUUGCUUACGCUGACUGGCGAUCCGAUUGAUGCCAUGUACCUGGAGGUGGAAAAACGGCGGCUUCUGUGGUUGCGGGAUCAGUUUAUGGCAUGCACGGAGGAGGGCAAGGAGGAGCCGACAGCACUACAAGGGGCUGUCCUGGUGAUGAAGAGGGAGAGAGAGAUGUUUGCCCGCCGGAUGAAGCAGAGAUUCACUCCGGAGGAAAGGUUGGACCUUUAUGAAAAGUGGGGCGUGCCAAUUGACUCAAAGCAGAGGAAACUACAGCUCACAACUAAGCUUUGGUCAGAUGCUCACGACCUGAAACAUGUCAUGGCCAGCGCCGAGUUCAUCGAACAGCUCAUGGCGUUGAAAGAAAAUGUUGGAUCCUUCUCGAGGGAGAUGUUCCAGCUACAGUUGGUUCCUCGUCCAACAUACCCCCCGUGGUUGACUCGGAUUCAGUGGGCAAUUGAGCACAUCGCGGAUCAAAUUAAUUUGGUGAUGGCAAGGGAGGCAGAGAAAAGGGGGAGGGUGGCGAUGCGUGCAAGGGUGAAGCGGAUGGUGAUGACCAGGAUGAAGGGGAGGGAGAGGGCGAUGGUGAUGGCAAUGCAGGACAACCAGCAGAAGGGCAAUGGUGAGGUGGAUGGUGAUGACCAGGAUGAAGGGUGGGCAGAGGGUGAUGGAGAUGGCGAUGCAGGACAACCACCAGAAGGGCAAGGGAUGAAGGGUAGGGAGAGGGUGAUGGUGAUGGCGUUGCAGGACAACCACCAGAAGGGCAAGGGUGAGGCGGAUGGUGAUUACCAGGAUGAAGAGGGGGAGGGUGGCAAUGAGUGCAAGGGUGAGGCGGAUGAAGAUGGGGAGGGUGGCAAUGAGUGCAAGGGUGAGGGCAAGGGAGGCAGAGAAGAGGGGGAGGGUGGCAACGAGUGCAAUGGUGAGGGGGAUGAAGAUGGGGAGGGUGGCAAUGAUUGCAAGGGUGAGGGCAAGGGAGGCAGAGAAGAGGGGGAGGGUGGCAAUGAGUGCAAGGGUGAGGCGGAUGGUGUUGACCAGGAUGAAGGGUAGGGAGAGGGUGAUGGUGAUGGCGAUGCAGGACAACCACCAGAAGGGCAAGGGUGAGGCGGAUGGUGAUGACCAGGAUGAAGGGUAGGCAGAGGGUGAUGUCGACGGCGAUGCAGGACAACCACCAGAAGGGGUGAUAUUGAGGGUGAGGGAAGGGGAUUGUGAGGUCAAGGACAGUGUUGCAAGUGAUUGACAAACUGCAGAUGAAGAAGAUAAUCAUGGUGAGGCCAGGCUGAUUGAUGAAGAUGGUAUUUGAACCUGAUGCAUACUUGUGUAUCUUUGGAGGAUAAGAAUCAAAUUGGCAAGCCUCG